AUGGCUUCCCUAAAAGAGAAGCUGGACAAGAUCCGGUCUCCUAAUCUUGAGAACCAGAAGCAGACCGCUGCAGUUCUCGAGGCCGUCGAGGCCGCAUUCAAGGAGCGCAACACUGAACCCACCCCUACAGCUUACUUUGCGGCUCUCCUAAGUCUUCUCAAUAACGACAAUGGCAAGAACAUUUCGCAUCCAGUCGUCUACCUUCUCGAUGUCGUCACACCCUUCGCACCGGCGCCGCUGCUUCGCGCCAAGUUUACCCAGAUCUUGACGCUUCUUGCGCCUGUCUUGUCUCAACCAGAGGCAGAUGCGCCGCUUAUCAGGUCAUCGAUUGGUUGUUUGGAGGGUCUUUUGCUUGCCCAAGACGCGGCCGGCUGGGAGAUGAGCGCAGCUCAGAUCGGCCCGCGCAGAGUCGUUGGUGGGCUGCUGAGCUUCGCUCUCGACCCGCGCCCCAAAGUCCGCAAGAGGGCGCAGGAUGCGCUCAGGAAAAUCCUGAGGAAUCCGCCACCGAGCCCAUCCCUCGAUCAUCCUGUCGCUCCCAUGUGCGCCGAAACAGCCAUGAUGAGCCUGAGGGCAGUGUUUGACAAGGCGACCAAGUCGCGCAAGGAGAAGAAGGGCUCCGAAUCGGCUCACGACCCCGAAUUGAUUCAUGCGCUUCAGCUCGUCAAGACCAUUGCCUCUGGAAGUGGCGGGUGGCCCAGCAAGAAGAUCGAGCCUCUGUGCGAGCUUCUGCUUGGCAUCGCCCGCCAUGGUAACGAGCACAUGAGCAUGGCUGUCUUUGAGAUUUUCGAGAUGAUCUUCGAGGGUAUGGCCGAUGAGGUCGCAUCGGCCAAGCUGCCGAGACUGCUUGAAAUCAUCAAGGAGUUGCGCCCGGCGCCCAACGAUGUGCAGCUAUUGCCGCCCUGGAUCGCUAUCCUUUCACGAGCCUAUGAUGUAGCGGCUCAGAUUUCUCCCGAGGAGACGUUCCAAGAGAUCCUGGAGCCGUUCAACCUGGUUGCGAGCUAUUUGGAGUCUGAGGCGAAGAACAUCCGCAUUUCGGCUUCCGAGUGCCUGGUGUCAUUCCUCGCCAAUUGCGUCCCGCCUCAGGUGCUCGUGGAGCCUUCCAUCUAUGAUGAGAAGGUGAUCGAGAAGUUGGUGCAGACAGUGGAAGGUCUACUCACCAUCAAGUACCAGGCGGCUUGGCUCGAGACAUUCAACGUCAUCGGUGCUAUGUUUGAUGCACUGCGCUGGAGGUCUCAUCCCUAUCUUUUGGGCAUUACCAAGACAAUUGGAGAGAUUCGCACCAACGAUUCCUUCACUGGCAAGCAGGAAGCCGACGUGGUCCUCGGAAAGGCGAUCCGUGCUAUGGGCCCCGAGGCGGUCUUGAACGUUCUGCCCUUGAAUCUUAUCAAGCCGGCCAGGGAUCAGCCUGGUCGUGCUUGGAUGCUCCCGCUUCUGCGUGACUAUACCACCAACACAAACCUUAAUCACUUCAAGACUGAACUUGUUCCCUUGAGUGCUGCCAUGUACCAGCGCGUACUGGAGCAUGGCAACGCUCCCAAGACAAUGGAGGUCAAGAUUUUUGAGACAGUGGUUCAGCAAAUAUGGUCCAUCCUGCCUGGCUACUGCGACCUGCCGCUGGACCUCACCGAGGCCUUCGACACGGCCUUCGCUGAGAUGCUGACUACAGUCCUGUACGAGCAGCCGGAAUUGCGACUGGACGUCUGCCGUGCCCUUCGGGCCCUCGUCGAGUCGAACCAAGCUAUUGUCUCGGCCGGAGACGUCGAAGACCCGGUGAUACUCUGCAGGGUGAGCAAGCAGACAGCUCAAAAGAACCUGGAGUACCUGGGUGAAAGGUUUGCUGCCGAUAUUCUCGCAGUUCUUUUCAACGUCUACAGCACUACUACACCUCAGAAGCGGGGCCCAGUCCUGCAGACCAUUAACUCCUUCCUCAGCAUUAUUCCCAAGACACGCCUCAUGGAGACGUUUGACCUCGUUUGCGAGAAGCUCGCUCAGGCUCUCCAGGAGCCGGUCCAGAAGCCCAAGAACCCGAACCAGGAGCAAGUGCCAUCAACGGCCCAUACGCUGAUGGACCUCGUGGUCACUAUGUCGAUUUAUCUGCCGAGGGAGAGUUUUGAGGCCUUGUUCAAGAUCGCAGCUCUGGUCGUGUUCAAAGACGACGACCCACAGAUUCAGAAGAAGGCCUAUAAGCUUAUUCCGCGGCUAGCGGAGAGCGAGGUCGGUAGGGCAGCCCUCGAGCAGCGCCAUGAGGAAGUCCAGCAACUCUUGCUCUCGGCUGCCGACAAGGUCUCGUCUCCUGCCAGGAGAGAGCGACUGGCUGCUAUUGCGGCCUUGAUCCCCAUCAUACCCAACACGUCUCUACACUUCAUCCCGUCAAUACUCUCCGAGGUUGUGAUUGGUUGCAAGGAGCACAACGAGAAGGCUCGGACAACGGCCUUCGACCUGCUUGUCCUCAUGGGCCACAAGAUGGUGGAGGCCAAUGGGAGCCUAAUCGAUAACAGCAAGGUUCCUCAUAUGCCAAAGGAUGCCCCGAAGGCUACGGCAUCGCUCGAGGAGUACAUGACAAUGGUCAGCGCGGGCCUGGCUGGCAGCACACCACACAUGAUAUCAGCCACGAUCUUAGCAAUCACCCGCGUGCUUUACGAGUUUCGUGAGGCUCUAAACAAGGAGACCUUGACAGAUCUGGUGCAAACCAUGGAUCUCUUCCUAACCUCCAACAAUCGCGAGAUUGUGAAAAGCGUCCUUGGCUUCGUCAAGGUGUGCAUCAUCAGCCUGCCAACGGACCUGAUGUUGCCGAGGCUGCCUACAUUGAUCCCUAACGUGCUGGUGUGGAGCCACGAGCAUAAGGGUCAUUUCCGGGCGAAGGUCAAGCAUAUCUUUGAGCGGAUGAUCCGCCGGUUCGGGGUUGAGACUGUCCAAAAACACACCCCUGAAGCCGACCGCAAGCUCAUCACCAACAUUCGCAAGACAAAGGAGCGGGCUAAGAGGAAGAAGGAAGCGGCUCGCAACGGCGCUGGCGAUGGGUCGGAUGCGGAGGUUGCAGGCAAGCGCAAGAGCCGGUUCGACAAUGAGUAUGACCAGGCUCUGAAUAGUAGUGAUUCGGAGUCGGAGGCUUCAGAUUCGGAUGAUUCGGACAUCGAAAUGACAGGUCGGCGGCAGAAGAAGAAGAGGGAGACCGGUGGCACGUACAUUCUGGAGGACCAGGACGAGCCAUUGGAUCUUCUCGACCGCAAUGCGUUGGCCAACAUCUCAACCACCAAGCCGAUCAAGCCGAAGAAAAAGGACGACAAGAAGUCUAAGCCCAAGAUUAACGCCGACGGCAAGCUCAUCAUCGGCGAGGAUUCGGACAUUGAAGAGAAGAAUGAUGACGGUGCCAUGGAUCUUGACAACGAGGAGAGCGGUGUCAACGCCUAUGUCCAGGCGCUCAAGACAGGGGCUCGCCGUGGCCAGCGUGGCAAGCUCAAGUGGGAUAGGCACAGGAAGGGACAGAAUGAUGACGAUAGUGAUGAGAGUGACAAUGACAUGGAAGUGGACGAGGGCGCAGCGGCGAAGGCGCUCCGCGACAGCAGAAAAGGUAAGAAGGCCGGCAAGGCGGCCAAGCCGGUCAAGGGGGGAAUUGCGGCCAAGGUUGGACGAAGAGGCCUGGGUGUUGAGAAGAAGAGGGGCCCGAGUGUGCUCUUUGGAGGGAGGAUUAACAAGAAAGGGAGGUAG